CCUGCCACCACCCUUCCCUGGGCUGUUACAAUGGACUCUCCCAAUGUUCAGUGUGUGUGUAGAAGGCUGCGAUGCUAAUGCUCAUUCUGGUACCCAUGAGCUAUUUCCUUCCUGUAUCCCUGCCAGAGCAUCCUUCAUAAUAUCACGCGAGACAGAUACUUAAAGGAGGGCUGUGGCAGAUCGGAGUAUAGACCAGGACCAUCUCCAUCUACUGCCACCCAAGGGAGAAUCGCCCAAUCAAUCCACUUGGCCGCUCCGGCGUCUCAAGCCUGGCUUAAGCGAAUGGGUCGCGGUUCAGUGACCUCGAUCGGCCGCCGUUGGAAAGCCGUGUCCUCCUUGCCCGCCGAAGAUUCCCACCGCUGCCCCUUGGCCUGAGGAGACGGGGAGGGGCCCUGCGCGCUCAUCCAGGAAGACCCGCCCUCCACCCCCCGCCGCUCGUCAAAGGUGGUUCCCAUCCUCUUCUUCCUCACGCCAGUGAGAUCUGAAGGCGGGACGUCGGCCAGGGCAGAGCCAUGGAUGAGGGGUUCAGGGACCGCACGGCCUUCAUCCGAGGGGCAAAGGAUAUUGCCAAGGAGGUGAAGAAGCAUGCCACCAAGAAGAUGGGCAAGGGCGUGGAUCGCAUGCAGGACGAAUACACCAAGCGCUCCUACACCCGCUUCGAGGAGGAUGAGGAGGAGGAAGAUUACCAGCCCCAGGACGGCUACUACCGUGGCGAGUCGGCAAAUGAUGAGGAAGGGGCCUCCAGCGAUGCCACCGAAGGGCACGACGAAGACGACGAGAUCUACGAGGGCGAGUACCAGGGCAUCCCCCGAAAUGAGUCCCUGAAGGCCGGGGACCACCUGGCCGACAACCAGCAGGUGGUGAGCGAGUUCAGAGACUUCGAGGACCUGGAAGGGGACAAGAAGAAGGACAAGGAGGAGCUGGCCCAGCAGUACGAGCUCAUCCUGCAGGAGUGCGGCCACGGGCGCUUCCAGUGGACGCUCUACUUUGUGCUGGGGCUGGCCCUCAUGGCCGAUGGUGUGGAGGUCUUCGUGGUGGGCUUUGUCCUCCCUAGUGCCGAGAAGGACAUGUGCUUGUCAGACUCCAACAAAGGCAUGCUGGGCCUCGUCGUCUACCUGGGCAUGAUGGUGGGAGCGUUCCUGUGGGGUGGCCUGGCGGAUCGGAUCGGCCGGAAGCAGUGCCUCCUCAUAUCCCUCUCGGUCAACAGCGUCUUCGCCUUCUUCUCCUCUUUCGUGCAAGGUUACGGCACCUUCCUCUUCUGCAGGCUGCUCUCCGGAGUGGGCAUCGGGGGCUCAAUCCCCAUUGUCUUCUCCUACUUCUCAGAGUUCCUAGCUCAGGAGAAGCGAGGCGAGCACCUGAGCUGGCUCUGCAUGUUCUGGAUGAUUGGGGGCAUCUACGCAUCAGCCAUGGCUUGGGCCAUCAUCCCUCACUAUGGCUGGAGUUUCCAGAUGGGCUCUGCGUACCAGUUCCACAGCUGGAGGGUCUUUGUCCUGGUCUGCGCCUUCCCCUCCGUCUUCGCCGUCGGCGCUCUCACUACCAUGCCUGAGAGCCCACGCUUCUUCCUGGAGAACGGGAAGCACGACGAGGCCUGGAUGGUGCUGAAGCAGGUUCACGACACCAACAUGCGAGCCAAGGGCCACCCCGAGAGGGUGUUUUCGGUCACCCACAUCAAAACCAUCAAGCAGGAGGAUGAGCUGAUUGAGAUCCAGCUGGACACUGGAACCUGGUACCGGCGCUGGAUGGUUCGGAUCCUGAACCUCUUGCAGCAGGUCUGGAGCAACUUCCUGCAGUGCUUUGCUCCUGAGUACCGGCGCGUCACUCUCAUGAUGAUGGCUGUGUGGUUCACCAUGUCCUUCAGUUACUACGGCUUGACUGUCUGGUUCCCAGACAUGAUCAAGCAUUUACAGAACAUCGAAUAUGCCUCUCGCACCAAGCUCUUCACCCGCGAGAAGGUGGAACACUUCACCUUCAACUUCACCCUGGAGAACCAGAUCCACCGCAACGGUGAAUACUUCAAUGACAAGUUCAUCGGCCUCAAGCUGAAAUCCGUCUCCUUUGAGGACUCCCUGUUUGAGGAGUGCUACUUCGAAGACAUCACCUCCAGCAACACCUUCUUCAAGAACUGCUCCUUCAUCUCCACUGUCUUCUACAACACAGACCUGUUUGAGUACAAAUUCAUCAACACCAAAAUCAUCAACAGCACCUUCCUGCACAACAAAGAAGGCUGCCAGCUGGACUUCAGCGACGACAACAACGCCUACAUGAUCUACUUCGUCAGCUUCCUGGGCACCCUGGCCGUGCUGCCGGGGAACAUUGUCUCGGCCCUGCUCAUGGACAAGAUCGGGCGCCUCCGGAUGCUGGCCGGCUCGAGCGUGAUGUCGUGCAUCAGCUGCUUCUUCCUGUCGUUCGGGAACAGCGAGUCAGCCAUGAUUGCGCUGCUCUGCCUUUUCGGGGGGGUCAGCAUUGCCUCCUGGAACGCCUUGGACGUGCUGACGGUGGAGCUUUACCCCUCAGACAAAAGGACGACAGCCUUCGGCUUCCUCAAUGCCCUCUGCAAGCUGGCGGCCGUCCUUGGCAUCAGCAGCUUCACCUCCUUCGUCGGCAUCACGAAAGCCGUGCCCAUCUUGCUGGCCUCGACCGCGCUGGCCGUGGGCAGCUCGCUAGCGUUGAGGCUGCCGGAGACACGCGGGCAGGUGUUGCAGUGAGUGGGGCGUGCCCUGCCCCCCCACCCCGAUUCUCCCCUGCUCCAGGGAGAUUAGAGUUGUUAGACACUGUGAAAUGUCUGAUUUUCUGAUUUUGAUUAUUUUAUUUUUUUGCCCCCCCCCGGCUCCUCUCCCCUCUUUUUUCGGUAUCAUUAUGUGUGUGAGAAUCGGCUCAUUCGUUGUGGAAGUUGGGGGGGGGGAUAAAACUUGACUGAGAAGGAGAAGGGGGGAAAUAACCUCUUUGCACUAAAUUCAGGCUGGAAACGGCUCAGCCCUGGCAGUGUGAACUGAUUAACUGGGCAGGUGCCAAUUGACUUAGCUCCUGAUCAAAGCUGGAUGCUAGGGGCUAGUGACAGCUCCUCAAGGGGACAUCUAAUGUCUAGGCACUCUGCCACGGGGCAGUAACCCGGAACCCCUCUGUGGAGCUGGCUCUAGGGUGUGUGCUGGUGAACACGUGAUCCAUUUAACUUUACACACGUGGGUGUAAACUAGUAGUAUGUGCAAUGUGUGCUCACGGAUCUUGGCUGUGUAAUAUUCUCCGAAUCCUCAUUUAUUUUUUUCAUUGGGUACCUGUGGUGUAUGGAGAGCAACACAAUCCCUCCCCCUGCACUUCUCUCCCCCCUGCUUUUUUGGGGCCCUUUGAGUCAUAUGUAAAGUAGCGUCGAUUUCAGGUGUUAACAAAGCAUCCAUUUCAGGCUUCUAAGCCAGGUUUGCAGGAGCAAAUCAGCAGAGCUAAGUCGUUCCUCUGUGUCACAUGAACCGAAUUUGCAAUCCUGAUCGGCACGUGUCUUUGCAUCAUGUCUCGCUGGUGUCACAAAUGUCUGGUGAAUCCAUGCCAGGUGCUGCAGGUAUACACCCUUGUAGGCUCUAGUGGUAUUAGGCAUUCAUACAUUUUUCAGGCAGCAGAUCUAGGCUCUCAUCGGCAUGGCAGAGGCUGUGUCAGAGCAGUGGUUCCAUCCUUGGCUCUGGUAGGUGGAUUGUCCCAGUGUGCUGUGCCUCAGUUUCCCCAGCUGUAAAACAGGGAUCAUGAUACUUGCAUCCUUCUGUUGAGUGCUAUAGAGGAAAGGUGCUGUAUGUGAGAGCAAAGUAGCAUUCUUUUUUCUCCUUUGGACCCACAUCAGCUCAGACAUCCCUCUGUAACUGGACCGAAUUUAAUGCGCUAAUCCAGGAAGAUUCCCCUCUUCCAGUUAUCCAUUUCAGAUGCACAAGACAGCGAUGCUCGGUUUCUUUUAAUAUUGUUUAUUCAGGGAUUUUAAAUGUUUUUUCUGUGUGGAGGGAGAAAAUUUGACUUUGAAGCUUAGGGAUUGUGGUUGUGGUUGUUGUUGUUUUUAAUUCUCCCCAAGCCCCUCCCCACAGCGACCAUCCAGAAACACAGCUGGGGCCGGGGGGGAGGGGGUGAUAGUGGCACCUGUGAUUCCCCAAAAUGAGAUCAGGGCUCCAUCAUGCUAGGCCAGCAGCCCAGCUGGCCUGAGAGUGACGCUAACCUCUGUCUUGUCUGUGGGUUGCUGGUCAUUCGGAUUAGGUGUUCUGUGUAUUUAAUUCUGUAGCCGUCUGUCUCUCUGCCCUCCUCCAGUUCCUUGGUCAACACCAAGGUCUGGUCUACACUUAAAAAAAAUUAGAUUGACCCAGCUACGUCGCUUAGGGCCGAGAAAAAUCUCGUACCCUGUGUGCCUUACUUAGGCUGACCUAACCCUAGAAGUAGCUGCUGCUAGGAAGAAUUCUUCCGUCAACCUAGCCCCGGCCUCCCAGGGAGGUGGAUUGAUCCCACUGAUGGAACAUAAUGGAACGCCCUGGUGCAGAUGUAGCCUGUUAGCACCAGAAGGGGUUUUCCCAUCCGUGUAAGAACGCCACCUCCUCGCACGCCGGUAGCGACGUUGAUGGAAGCAGUCUUCCCACACAGUCUUCCACACGGCAUGCAGGGCUGCCGAUUUUUCAUGUCCUCGACACAUGCAGCUGGCCUGGGGAGAGGGUGCAUUUAGUGUCACCCAGCAGGGGGGUUGGGUUGUAGAUGU